CCGGGAUCCCGUUAUCAAAGGAGAUUUACUCCCCCCUUAAUUCACUUCUCACAUAUACAUUGCAUAAAUGAGACUACUAGGGCAGUGCUGGUCAUUAUUUCUAGAGGUUCUUAUUGUUCUUCAACAAGUUGAAGCAAUAAAUACCAAUGAUACUAAUCAAGCGGAUUAUGAUUCUAUAUCAAUGAUGAUUUCAAAUUCCAUCGAGAAUACCAUAACGCAACCCAACAUCGGAGGCUUAACAGCUUCUACCUUAACACAAGUUCAAACUUGUAGUACUUGUUCUACAAAGCAUGGGAAUAUUUUUCAUGCAAUGACUACUUAUCAUAAUGAUUCAGUUUCAACAAAUACCCACAAAAGCACAAUUGAUAAGAUUAUUACCAAUGUCACUGAAAUAGUGAGUCAAGUUAACGAGAAGGAUCAAAUUAACCAGAAUCCUUCCAUCAAGUUUGAUUCAAUAGAAUAUAAUUCAACUGAUUUGAAUUCUUUAAUGGUUGAAAAUAAUUCCAAUUCUUCAACAGAAUCUUUAUUUUUAUCAUUUGAUGAGUGGAAGAAAUUGAAGGAAGAUGAUGCAGCACAACUCAAUCAGAAAGGUCAAAAGAAUACCCUGAUCGAAGAUAAUAAUAUUAAUAAUGUUAAUAAGAAUCAAAAUAAUGACAAAAAUACUAAUAAUAUUAAUUCAAAUAGGGUUGAUAAUAAUUCUAAAAAUACCAAUACUAAUGAAACAAAUAAUAAUGCUCAAGAAGAAGAUGCUCCUUCACAAACCAAAUUAAAUGAUGAAUCCAUAAAAGAGGAUCAAUUAGAUGAAGAUCAGGGGAAAGUCUAUAAAGAUAAAUUUAAUUAUGCAUCCAUUGAUUGUGCAGCUACUAUUAUCAAGACAAAUUCUCAAGCGAAGGGAGCAUCGGCCAUUUUGGUUGAAAAUAAGGAUUCAUACUUGCUUAAUCAGUGUUCCGUGCCCAACAAAUUUGUAAUAAUUGAAUUAUGUCAAGAUAUAUUGAUCGACUCAGUGGUUGCAGGAAAUUUUGAAUUUUUUUCAUCUAUGUUUCAUAAUAUUAGGAUUUCCGUUUCUGAUAGAUUCCCAACUACUCAAUGGACUGUAUUGGGAGAAUUUGAAGCUGAAAAUAUAAGAGAUUUACAAUCUUUUAAAAUUGAAAAUCCUUUGAUUUGGGCAAGAUAUUUGAAAUUAGAAAUACUUUCUCAUUAUGGUGAUGAAUUUUAUUGCCCACUUUCUGUAGUACGAGUGCAUGGGAAGACUAUGAUGGAGGAAUUCAAGAUGACAGAAGAAAAGGAAGCCACUGAAAUAGAACAGGAAAAAAAUAAUGUAAUGGAUUCAACCUUGGAGAAUAUUUCCACAAUAAACCCGCCCAAUACCAGUGAAGAAUGUGCAGUUGUAUUGCCACAUUUGGCACUUCUUGAAUUUUUAAAAGAUGUGAAUUCAACCACCUAUGAUUAUUGUGAAGCAGUAAAUAUCCCAGAACCUGAAAGUUCACAUACAAUGGAAGCUAAAACCACGCAAGAAUCCAUUUAUAAAAAUAUUAUGAAAAGAUUAUCACUUUUGGAAUCAAAUGCAAGUUUAUCCUUACUCUAUAUUGAAGAGCAAAGCAAAUUACUCUCUACAGCAUUUACGAAAUUAGAGAGAAGACAAUCUCAAUAUUUUGAAUCAUUGGUUGAUUCCUUCAAUAAGACUAUGCUUAAUCAAUUAGCGUAUUUUAAAGAUGCAUAUACAAAUAUCCAAGUAGAGACAACCAGUCUAUUGGAAACACAAGAAAGUAACCACAAACAACUUCUUGAAGAAUCUUCUAAUCAAAUCAUUGUAAUUGGGAAUGAACUUCGAUUUCAAAAAAGACUCGCUCUCUUCAAUUCUGUCAUAAUUUUAAUUCUAUUAGUAUAUGUGAUAUUAACAAGAGAUGUUUAUGUCGGGAGCGUUGAACCAAAUGAUAAUCGCAACCUUGGGAAACUUGCUAAAUAUAAUGCCGAAAUUGCAAAGAGAAUGAAAAAGGCUACAAAUAAGAAACAACAUUGAUACAAUACUUAAUUACAAAGUGAAAGAAACCUAUUAAUUUAUACAAAUUCCAUUUGUUCAAAAAAAAUCAAUAUUAUUUACAAAUUAUGUUCGAAUUAUAUACAAAAUAUAGUACCUGCCAAU